AUGGAAUCAGAUCCUAGAUUUGCAAGAAAAUUUGAUUACCUUUCUAGGGAUUUUCCUAGAAAUCCUAGUAUAAAAUCAGAGAUCCCCACAUUGGUUCCAUUGCACCCAAGUUCAACUCUUUCUCACUCACUAUCACAUUUCAACACCUUUAUGUAUCAAAAUGCUCAUAAAGAGACUAGAUACACUCCAUUGUACAAGAAUGCAUCAACCAAUGGAUUCCAGGAAAAAAAUAUCGAUGCUCAUAAUCCAAUGACAUUUGCACCAAAUAACAACAAAAAGGAAGUCAUGCAUGGACGCCUUAACAGUAGCAAUGGAAUUUGGGACUUAUCAAAGCAAAAUCUCUUUCGACAUGGAGUGAGUCCAUCUUUUUCACCAUCACUAGUUUAUGAUGUGAAUCCAUCUAUCGGAGUUAGGUCUAAUCCUCAAGGAGAUCUUUCAUUCAUUGGUGGAAUGGGAAACAAAUCCCUCCACAAUGACCAAGAACUCCUUCUCAGCGACAAGAAGCAACGUAGGAGAGUUUACAAGAAUGUUGAAACUCAACAUACACAUCUCAAUAUAAUUAAAGGCCAAUGGACUGAAAAUGAGGACAGGAUUCUUGUUGAAUUGGUGGAUCAAUUUGGAACUAGAGAAUGGUCUCAGAUUGCUAAGUUUCUAAAUGGCAGGAUCGGAAAACAAUGCAGGGAAAGAUGGAAUAAUCAUCUUCGACCCGACAUUAAGAAAGACUCAUGGAGCCAAGAGGAGGACAAAAUACUGAUUGAAGCUCACAAGAAACUCGGGAACAAAUGGGCUGAAAUUUCAAAGAAAUUGCCUGGGCGCACAGACAACACCAUAAAGAACCACUGGAACGCCACUAAGCGUAGCCAAAUUGCAAACAAGAGGCGUAGCAAGCGUAAAAGUUUGAAGCUAAAUCAACUUCAAAAGUAUAUCAUUGAAGUCGAAGCGGCAAAGGAAGCUGAAAAGAAGAAGUUGGAGGAUUCCAUUAGCAGGACGAAUAUUGGGAAUCAACUAAACUUCAACAAUGCCAAUGGAAGUUCUGAAAGUGGAUUCAGUUCUGGAGGUUUGGCUACUCAUCCAGAAGGUGAAAUUGAAGGCUAUGUUCCAGUGAUGGUCAAUGGUGGUGAUGAUGGAAUGGGAAAUGGAUUAAGAGCAAUGCAUUAUGAUUAUGGAUCAUAUGCAAUGGAGUUUUUUCCCGAGGUUCCUAUGAAGCAGGAAAUUGAUCUCAUGAAGAUGUUCUAUAAAAAUCCAUAA